GGGCGGAGCCCGGCAGAAGAUGGCGUCGCUUCGCUGUAGGAGAGACCCCUGCGGAGUGAUCUGUCUCCUUCUGACUUACUUCAGCGUGUUCUACGCGGACUACGUGGUGAUCCAGUACGUCCUGAUCCCAGCCUUCUCUGACAGUGUGUGGUGCACUCUCCAUGGAUCAGUCUUCAACCUGAUCCUGCUGCUGCUGCUGGCCUGCCACUCCAAGGCCGUCUUCUCAGACCCGGGUAUGGUGCCUCUCCCUGACACAGCGAUAGACUUCUCAGACCUCCGGUCUCAGUCCUCUCGGAUGAACGAGCGGGGCUGUGAAGGCUGGACGGUGUGCAGUCGAUGUGAAACCUACAGACCUCCCAGAGCGCAUCACUGCCGGGUCUGUCAGAGGUGUAUACGCCGCAUGGACCAUCACUGUCCCUGGAUAAAUAACUGUGUGGGAGAGUUAAACCAGAAGUACUUCAUCCAGUUCCUCUUCUACACGGGCAUGGCCAGUCUGUACUCGUUGGUGUUGGUGGUGUCGGCCUGGGUGUGGAGGAUAAGAAGUGAGAGAGAGGGAGACUCAGAGAAAGAAGGAGAGGAGACGCCCAGCAAACACCUGAUAGUCGCUCACUACAUCAUCCUCCUGGUGGAGUCAGUGCUGUUUGGCGUUUUUGUCAUGGUCAUCUUCUACGAUCAGCUGGUCUCCAUCAUCACAGACGAGACCCCCAUAGAGCAGAUGAGGAACAGGCUCAUGAUCAAGGACAGAAGCUCUUCCACUUCCUCCCUGACCUCUACCUCCACCUCCUCCUCCUCCUCCGCCGCCUCUCAGCUGCCUCACCAUCCUCCACACACCCGCAAGCCCAAGCUGGCUCUGCUGCGGGAGGUGUUUGGAAGAGGUUCGGUCUUUUGUUGGCUUCUUCCUCUCCACUCCAGCCCUCCGUCGGUCGGCGGCAUCAGCUACUCCGCCCUGCCUGACUACGACGUCUGACCUUUCAGGCCCUGUGAGAGCCGGCAGAGGGAGGCGAGGCAGGUUUUCUUCUUGUAUGUGAGACUGUGUGAGAAGGAGCGACUCUGCUGCCUAACUCUGAUGUCUUAUCUUUUGACCUGAGAGGUGAAGAGGAAGGAAGAUGAAGUCUGGGAUGAAUGGAGAGAGAGUAUGUUUGUGUAUGACAUGAAUGAAUGACUGAUGUGUGUUACUGAACACCCCAGGGUCCCAAAAAGUUCACCCUCAGACCCCUAAGACUCACGAAGAGCUCCCAGUUUUUAGUUCAUUUCUCCACGUUUUUGAAUAUUCUGACUCCUGUGGAAGAGUUGGCGUCUUGUGGGCUCUGAGCCUUGACUCAUGUGGGUGUAACUUGAUAUUUUUACUGAGAAGCUGCUGAUAUCUGAUGAAUUGACCUCAUUGGAACUUCAUAUUUACAUGCACAAAAUAAUCCAAACAUUCAGGAGCAAAUUGAACAAGAAAAAGGGGGCAAACUUGCGCUUGCAUUUUGCUCCACAUGCAUUAAGAGAGUAUGUUUACAAAAUUCAAUGAUGGCAUUUUCAAGCUGCAUCUGUAAUCCAAAAAUUCUACUUAUGUUAUUAGAAAUUUUCCAAAUAGAAAAACAGUCAAAAUGGUCCGAUUCAAGCUUUAAACGUGAAUUUUUCACUUUCUUUCUUUCCUCCCCUUAGACAUCCUUUAGUUACCGACUCAGAUGUCGGUCCAACACCUUCAUACAAACACCAAAAGAUCAACGUAUUUCCAAGUAUUUAUUUAUGUAUCAGCUUGAAAACAACCCUUUUUAACAUUCAUUUUCCAAUAAUAUUGGAUAUUUUAACAAUAAUUAACUAUGCUGCCUGUUAUUUAACAGACAACCUGUUUAAUAGUGUAAAAACAGGAACAAAACAGGCUGUUUUGGGUGUUUGAUAUGUUGCCUUGGGGCUCAUAAGGAGACACGAAAUGAGAUUGUCCACACAGAGAUUCCUUUUGUUGUGUUUGUUUUGUUUACCUGUGACUGACAUGUUUACUGAAGUCUCUUUUGGGGACACUGUAUUCUUACAUCAAUUCCCUGAUGUGUCACCCCAACCCUAAACACAUAAAAACGUCUUGCUUUACUUCAUCCUUAACCACUAACCCAAAAAACUGCUUCUUCCAAGCGGGGACAUGUCUAAUGUCCCCAGUUGGAUAAAACCAAAAUCAGUAUGUGUCCCCGUAAGGAUGCUAAACCAGAAUCAUACCCACACACACACACACACACACACCCUAAACACCAAUCAACUACUGGCCUCAUAUGUACCUCAACUACUCAUCCUGUCAACUGCUUCUCCAAGCAGGGACACGAUUUAUGUCCCCAGUUUGAUAAGACUGAAAUCAGCAUGUGUCCCCAUAAGGAUGCUAAACCAGAAUCAGAAACACACACACACCCUAAACACCUAUCAACUACUGGCUUUAUAAGUACCUCAACUACUCAUCCUGUCAACUGCUUCUUCAAAGCGAGACACGGUUAAUGCCCCCACUUUGAUAAGACUGAAAUCAGCAUAUGUACCCAUAAGGAUGCUAAACCAGAAUCAUACACACACACACCCCAAACACCUAUCACACUGGCCUUAUAUGUACCUCAACUACUCAUCCUGUCAACUGCUUCUUCCAAGUGGGGACACGUCUAAUGUCCCCAGUUGGAUAAAACCAAAAUCAGUAUGUGUCCCCAUAAGGAUGCUAAACCAUACUCCUACACACACACCCUAAACACCUAUCAACUACUGGCCUUAUAUGUACCUCAACUACUCAUACUGUCAACUGCUUCUUCCAAGCGGGGAUACUUCUAAUGUCCCCAGUUGGAUAAGACUGAAAUCAGCUUAUGUCCCCAUAAGGAUGCUAAACCAGAAUCAUACACACACACCCUAAACCCUGAUAAACUACUGGCUUUAUAAGCACCUCAGCUACUCAUCCUGUCAACUGCUUCUUCUAAGUGAGACACGGUUAAUGUCCCCAGUUGGAUAACACUGAAAACAGUAUGUGUCCCCGUAAGGAUGCUAAACCAGAAUCAUACACACACACACCCCAAACACCUAUCACACUGGCCUUAUAUGUACCUCAACUACUCAUCCUAUCAACUGCUUCUUCCAAGCGGGGACACAGCUAAUGUCCCCAGUUGGAUAAGACUGAAAUCAGCUUAUGUCCCCAUAAGGAUGCUAAACCAGACUCCUACACACACAUUUGUCCACCUAACCCUAAACACAGAUCAACUACUUGCCUUAUAUGUACCUCAACUUCUAAACCAGUAAACAUCUUCUUCUAGCUGGAUGGAUAAGGCGUCCCCAUUAAACUGACAUCCGGCUCGUGUCCCCACAAGGAAGCUUAGACACAACACAUACACACACUCAAACUUGUUUAAGGUACAACACAGGACACUAGAAGAGGGACCCGAGUUUUAUGUACUGUCAUUUAUUGUUAUUGUUUUAAACUUAGAGGAUGAAAGAAAUACAAAACACGCACGUGUGCAGAGAGAGAGUUUAUCUCUUAGUAUUCUGCUGAAUAUUGAAGGAAUAAUUCUUGACUUAUUUAUUGUUUUCUAACGAUUCCGUAGAGUCAGCUCUACCAAAAAACUGAAUUUCUAUGUGAGGGGUGAAGCUGCCUUUCCAUGGUGUUUUGUGUUUGAUGUUAAACUCACAUAUGGUCCAACCAAAACCUAAACCAGCAGUUACUUUUAUCCCUUACGUCUCAUCUUGUUCAAUGAGUCGCCCAAAGAGAGAUUAUCAUUACCUCGUAUUUACAGUCAGGCGUUGUAGCAGUUCAGGCUUGUCAUUCAUUCGGUUUCCACUGCAGGGAACAGGUUCUAAAUUAAGAUGUGAGGACUUUCCAAGGGUGACUGCUAGUUGGUCAGUACUAGUUUGGGGGAUGGGCUCUAAGUGUCAAGGCUGAUUUAUACUUCUGCAGGGGCUGACGCGGACAUGAGCACCACAUACUUGUGCGUCGAUUUGUCCUUGUGUCCGGAUCCCAGAAGUGCUGUAAAUGCAGGAAAUACAAUGCCACAGAGCGGACCAAUCACAGGGCUUUCAGUCCGCGUCGAUUCUACAGGUAGUUACAUUUUGGAGGAGGUGCACGUCAGCUACGUGCGUAGGCCUCUGCGUAGGUACGGGAGCUACGUGCACCUCCAAGUAUAAAUCAGCCUUUAAGCAUUGGUGGAAUACUUGCAGACUUUUAAUCUAGCCAUUGUUUCUUAAGGAUCUGCAAUGCUACCUUUUUUGUUCAUCAUUCUCCAACAGAGCAAAGCGGUUAUUAAUAAAACCAUGACAGUCAACAUGACUUUAGACCAAUGGUUCUCAAAGUGGGGUCCUGUAUUAGAAUACAUUUCUAAUAAAUUAUAAACAAAGGGAUAUGUGAGUCUUGCUACUGUUAAUUUUCUGAAAGCGUUUAAGAUCAAUGACUUGAAAAGUAUAAAUGCUGUCAUGUUGAGUCCACAAGGAAUGAAAUGACCCUCUGUUUUAAAGUAUAAAAGUGGUAUUUACUUGAUUCAAAUUAAAGUGUUAUCUGUUUAUCACUAUGGUACAGGUCUGAAGGAUUUACAUUGAUACGUUUUACAAUACAGAUAGUUCCAAGGGCAUCCAAGAGUGAGAAUGGUAGUAAGCAUGUGCUCCAUCUAUUUUACAAUUAUGAGGGAGUCCUACGAAAAUGUUCUUACUGGGUCCCUAGCUCCAACAACUUUGAGAACCCCUGCUUUAGACCACAGUAGAAAACACGAACAAAAAUGUCCCACAGGAAUCCCAGAAUUUAUUCCUAGAAUAAAUAAUUCCAGUUUAGAGUAGAAAUGUUAGAGCCAGUAUUACCAUUUCAAUUUAACUGGAAGUAGCUGCUUUAAAGGUCACCACAUGACACUACAUUAGGUCACCUGUAACAAGCUGUAAUAGAUUUAAUGCUCCCUAUGGUUUCUCUCAAGAUCAUGAAACACCAAAUAAUUCUGCUUUUUCAUGGUUUGAAUCUCACUUCUGGAUUGAAAAGACGCAAAUGACAACACGGACACUAAGGCAGCUUCACCCCUCUCUGUUUUUAUGUGUGUAUAUAGAGUUAUUAUGAACUUUGUUUGACCUGGGCUUCACCUGAGGUUUCAUAUACAGAAGGGAACUUUAUUACAAGUGUGUCAAUGGAUGUGAUGAACUCGUUAUCCUCGGAUGUUUCUGCCAGUUGAAAGUUGAUGUCACUUGUUUCCUCUGAAAAGCCCUCUUUCUUGAAUUAAGUGACUUAAAUCACAUGAAGUGAUUCGCCUUUUUAUCCCCCCCCAAAAAAAAUCAAGUUACUGAUAUUUCUGAUACAUUUUUUUAAUGUAACACUUAUUUAAAUCAUGUUUAACAGCAGGACAUGAUGAUAAUCUAGUUUUUCAGCAAAGUCAAUGAAUCUUUGGGAUUGUAAUCAGCGGCUACGGGAGGCAUUCAGAGCAAGUGUUUGUUACCUUGUAUUCACACUGAGAGCUAAUCAAGGCAUUCCCACUACUCAAGCAGUUCCACUUCCUCCUAGGCUGUCGUGCUUUCGCUUCAAUGUUGCAGUCAGGAUGUCAAAGGUUAGAGCCAGACACGCCAUCUGAUGUGUAGUUUGGCUACAGUUUAGCACCACUCAGAGACAUGCUGUUGUAAUUGCAGCUGCAAGACUGAAACAGUUCCCUCCUCUUGUUGUGGCUCAUUUGUGAGGUGAAGUGGAAGUGAGGUUCUCCUGGAGCGCUCACCAUGUUUCUUUUGGUGUUUUUCCACCUCUGCAUCUGUCUGCACUGGUCUGCAACCUCACAGAUCAGUGAAGACUAGUGCAUGGAUAAUGAGGUUAGAAACUGAGAGGCUGUAGAUCCUCCACAGAGGCUGAGUUUGUGAUUUAGGACAUCAUAUACCAUGAUAUGGGACCUUUGAAGUAUUUCUUCAGUUAGGCUAAAAAGGGAUGACAAAGCAGGGUAUGCUUUUUUCCACAUUGCCAACUUGUGGUUGACUUACAGUAGACCACUUAAGGGACUUAAAGUUGUCUUGGUCCCCUUCUCACAAACAGUCUAAGCAUCUAACUCCAUCCAUCCAUUUUCUUCCACUUAUCUGGGGUCGGGUCACGGGGGUAGCAGUCCAAGCAACUUGACCCAGACAUCCCUCACCCCAGCAACACAUUCCAGCUCCUCCUGGGGAAUCCCAAGGCGGGAGAUAUAAUCCCUCCACCGUGUUCUGGGUCUACCCCGGGGCCUUCUCCCAGUUGGACGUGCCCGGAACACCUCUAAAGGGAGGCGUCCGGGAGGCAUCCUUAUCAGAUGCCCGAACCACCUCAGUUGACACCUUUCGACGUGGAGGAGCGGCGGCUCUACUCCGAGCUCCCUCUGGAUGUCCGAGCUCUUCACUCUAUCUCUAGGGGUGUAUCUGAGAUCUUAUCCUCCAGGACCCAGAGCUCAUGACCACAGGUGAGGGUUGGAACGUAGAUCGACUGGUAAAUUAAAAGCUUUACCUUCCGGCUCAGCUCCCUCUUCACCACGACGGUCUGGUACAACGCCCACAUCACUGCUGACGCUGCACCAAUCCACCUGUGGAUCUCACGCUCCAUUUUACCACCCACUCGCCAACAAGCCCCCAAGAUAGUUAAAUUCCCCACUUGGAGCAAAGUCUCACUCCCCUCUGAGAGAGAGCCAUCCACCGUUUUCCAGCAGAGAACCAUGGCCUCAGACUUGGAGGUACUAACUCUCAUCCCGGCCGCUUCGCACUCAGCUGCAAGUGGUUUGCAGCUGAGUGCAUCUAACUCAGUAACUGAAAUAUUGAAACUGAAAUUGCUUCUUCUGCUGACUGUGAAUUGAAAAUUACAAAAUAACUUCACAUAUUCUGAGUUUCCAGUAAGGGACAACCACAGGAAGUGCUAGUGAUUAAGCUCACGGUGUGAAUACAUGUGAAAUUUGAAAAAAUCUCGGUAAUGAAGCAACCAUCUUCCAAAGUAAAAGCUGCCUUAUUUCUGUUAGAAUGUUUGAAAUUGACUUACAGAGGGGGAUGGAAGCUUGAAAUGAUAAACCUGGUGUCUCCUCAUAACCCUUCUGCUUUUACAGGAAGGUAAACUUACAACACAUCCUCGCCCAGGUUUGGUUUUCGUUAGCUGUACAUAGGAAAGUUCGAAUUUUAUAACGCAAAUGUGCAAUUCUCAUGAAGGGAACGUUUCUGAACUCAGCAUUUUUCUGUUCUUUUUGUGUGUGUGUGUGUGUGUGUGUGUGUGUGUGUGUGGCUGUCAAGAUCUGGGUGUUAUAAAACAUAGUUUUGAAUGUUUUUUUCAAACUCAUGAGGUGCACAAGGUUUAGAAAGUCAGGGCACUUCUAGUUCUUUUGCCCUUUUUUUGUAAAAGCUGAACAACUCCUCCCCACGUCUUUCUGAAUGUUUGUGAUGAAAUCAAGCGCACCUCUACUUUGUAAAGCACCUGAAAACAUUUGAAACUGUUGAUAUUUUUCCAGAUUUGUUUUAACUAUCAGGGUACCGGCUUGCUUGUUUGACUCUGUUGAAAAAAUGCAGUUGAUCUGUUUUAAGUUUUUCUUUUUGUAUCAAUGUUGAACAACAGGGUGUGCUUGUUUCGUUGAUAUGCAUUGGUGCGUCGGUUUCAUUUCUUAAAGGUGACAUAUUAUGCUCUUUUUCAUCAACAUAUAUUGGUCUAAGAGGUCCCCAAAACAUGUCUUUAAAGUUUAUUGCUCAAAAAAACCCACUUUGAAAUCAGAUUUUGGUCUGCCUGUAAACCCCUCUCUUUCAGCCCUGCUCAGAACAGGCUGUUUUCUGUGUCUGUGCCUUUAAAUGAGAAUGAGCUCUCUGACCACGCCCCCUCAGGAAGUGGAUGUGGACUCUCGGCUCUCCAGCACGUUGAUCUAAUAUUUACAUGUUGGCUGCUCACAGACCCGCGUUACUUCAACCCUCUGAAUCUGAUCCAGAAUCUGAUCCUGACGGAGAGGCGCCUGCAGCAGGACCUUUCUGAACCAUUGGUCACAGAUUUAGUGUUUCUUGUUGUUUUAUUUGUCAGCUACUAACAUGUAGCUAUGUGGCUAUGCUAACUAGCGCUAGCACUUUUUCCAUGAAAAAUAAAAAUCAUCCACUAGAUCUUCAAAUCUGCAGACGUGGGGAGUAACACCGACCUUUGUGUUUAUUAAGACAGCCUACAACUAGCAUGCCUCCCUCCUAAGCUCCUUGUUAGCACACAUGUGUGCAGGGAAUGAAAAAUGGAGGAGGGGUUGAGUUGUAUUUUAUACAGUCUAUGGGCUGAACAAGCUCCAAGCUCUGACUUCCUGUUACAGACUGGAUGGCGUUGUGACGUAUGAAAAACACUGCAAACUGAAACGGCUGGUUUCAGCACACAUUUACAGAAAGGUGGAGAAAUCAGAACAGGGGCAGAAUGGAUUCUUUUCAUUCUCAGGGGGUUUGUAGACAGGGACACAUAUUUCAGGUAGAGAACCAUUAAAAAGUUGAUUUUGCAUGAUAUGUCACCUUUAAAGUCAAGCAAAAAUGACUCAAUGGCCACUGAAUGAAACAAAACAAGCACAUCCCAUUGGCUGUUUUACUUGACAGCAGGAAGGAAUGUGUGCAUACAUAAAAGGGCCUGAAACUAACACUCAGCCACCAGCCACACAAUUCAGUUUUAAAUCUUAAAUUUUAUCGGCUUCUAUGGGCAAAACAAAUAUUAUGCACCUACGUCCCAAAGAGAUAACACACCAUGUUUGUUACUGUUGAAAGGUUCGUCUUGAAAAGAGUAAAUCUUCAAAUCCUGCACUUUGGCCCACGAGGAGUUCCCUCAGCUGGUGAAACGGUGUAACUUGUUGGCUGGUUGGCCCAAAAAAGUUAACUUCACGCCCUACGAUCAAAACCAAUAAAGAGUUGAAUAUCAUGUUGCUUCAUGAUAAACGAGUUUACAACUGACUGAUGUUUUAUUUAUUGUGUUUGAACCGUGACCUGUGUAUUAUUCCCAAUGACAUGCUGCUCUGCUUGUUCAACUGGAAGUAAAAUCAGAAGUCUUUUAA